AUGAAGAGAAGUCAGCAAGGAGAUGGCGAAGAGGGGGUGGCCGAGCAGGAGGCAGGGGAUGAGGGGCUGAGGCUGAGGGACAUGGGCCUGUGGAGCGCCGUGUCCUUGACUGCAGGCUCUAUGAUCGGCUGUGGCAUCUUCAUGUCACCGCAGGGUGUCUUGGUCUACACGGGCAGCCCUGGGGCCAACCUCGCAGUCUGGGCAGUCUGUGGCCUUCUGGCCACACUGGGUGCCCUGUGCUAUGCUGAACUGGGGGCUCUGGUUCCUGAAUCUGGAGGGGAAUAUACCUACAUCCUACGAACUUUUGGCUCCUUACCUGUCUUCCUGGUCAUCUACACGUUUGUGCUGGUGGGCAGACCGGCCACCAUUGCAGCCAUCUCACUGAGCGUUGCCAAGUAUGUCCUGGUCCCCUUUUACCCAGGCUGCUUCUCGCUGCCCCAGGCCAUGGUCAAGGUGGUGGCUACCACCUGCAUCCUGCUGCUGAUGUUGGUCAACUGCUGGAGCUCGCGGAUGGCCGCCACGCUGAUGAACAUGUGCACGACUGCCCAAGUGUUCUCCUUGCUGGUCAUCAUGGGGGUUGGCGCCGUGGUGCUGGGCCAGGGCCGAGGCCGCAUGGAAGCCCUGCAGUCUGCCUUCCACAACACGUCCCAGCAGCCCGGGCACAUCAGCAUGGCCUUCUACCAGUGGCUGUGGUCCUUUGAUGGCUGGAAUAGCCUCAGCCAGGUGACGGAGGAACUCAAGAAUUCAAACCAGAACCUGGUGUGGGCACUGAUGAUCACCAUCCCCCUGGUCACUGGCCUGUACAUCCUGCCCAACAUCAGUUACCUCCUAGUGCUCUCUCCCAGUGAGAUCCUUUCCACCGAUGCAAUGGCUGUGAGCUGGGGGAAUCAGGUUCUGGGGGCCUGGGCUUGGCUGGUGCCCUUGGCUGUCGCCCUCUCGUUGUUCGGCUCUGCCAAUGUGUCGUUCUUCAGCGGAAGCCGUGUGUCCUACGUGGCUGCCCGAGAGGGCCACCUGCCCCAACUUCUGUCCAUGGUUCACGUGCAUCGCCUCACUCCAGCUCCAGCUCUGAUGUUCACCACAGCGAUGGCUUUGAUCCUGGUCAUCUCCGGAAACUUCAAUACCAUCGUGAACUUCUUGAGCUUCCUUGGCUGGCUCACCUACAGAAUCACCUUCAGCGGUCUCCUGUACUUGCGGAUAAAGAAGAAUCUUCCCCGACCUUACAAAGUCCCCAUCAUCAUCCCUGCCACCAUGGUCCUUACAUCUGUCUACCUGGUGCUGGCGCCCAUCGUGGCCCAUCCCCAGCCAGAGUUCCUGUAUGUCUUCCUGUUCCUGCUCAGUGGCUUCCUGGUCUAUUUCCUGUUUGUCUACUUCCGGUACCAGCCCGAGUGUUUGCAGGUCGUCACCCUGCAUCUCCAGCUGCUCAUGGAAGUUGCUUCAACCACGAAGAAUGCUGACUGAAGGACUGGACAGAUCUGACAAGCUGUUGGAGGAAUGCCCAUGAAGGAGGAGGAGGAACAGGAGGCGUUUAAGAUGGUGGAGUAGAAGGACAUGUGCUCAUCUUCUCCCAUGAGAACUCCAAAAUUACAGCUUGCUGCUGAACAACCGUCGACAGGGAUAUGUUGCAGCCCACCAAAAAAGUAUACCCCACGUCCAGAGGCAAAGAAGAAGCCUCAGCAAGAUGGUAGGAGGGGUGAAAUCACAUUUAGAAUCAAAACCUAUACCCUCCAGAGAUGCUCGGAGGGCUCAAACAAAACCUUGUGUGCAUGAGGAAACUCCACAGAGACUGAGCCAGACCUGUGUUUGAAUGUUUGAGUGUCUCCUGUGAAGGUACAAGUCAGCAGUGGACUGCACAAGGGCAGGGCAUCUGGGUGCAGCAGACCUGGAUAUGGCAUAAGCCCUCUUGGAGGAGGUCACCAUCAACCCCACCACAGAGCCACCAGAACUUACACAGGACGGGGGGAACAGACUCUUG